UGUAUAUAUUCACGCACAAUAUAAUCAUAUAUGUAGCGGUUUGCUCUUCACCUACGCGCAUUGAUCCUGUAUUUUCGGUUAUUCAAAGCAUUGUCACACCCAAACAACAAAAGAAGUUGCGGAUUAAUUAAGAAUUUGGCGAUUUUUAAAUUUUACCGACGAUUUGGGUAUAGAGAGGGCCACUAACAAGGCGAGAAGGUUCAAUUUCUUCCAGACUUUGGGGAAUUUUGAGUGGAGCGGUUUUGUUUCGUGUUUUUCUUCGAUUGGUGAAGCGUAAUUUGAGUAUGAAAUUGAACGCGACGAUUCUGUAUUCAUGCGUGGAUGACGAGAGAGAAGAGGCAUCGACGCCGCCAUCGGAAAUCUCGCCGCCGGAGCCGGCGAGUAUUAUAGUGGGCUAUGCAUUCACUUCGAAGAAGAAGAAGAGCUUUUUGAAGCCCAAGUUUAUCCGCUUAGCUCGAAAUAAGGGCAUUCAAUUUGUUCCAAUUGAUCUGAAAAGAGCUUUAUCAGAGCAGGGUCCAUUCAAUAUUGUUUUACACAAGUUAGAAGGGAGGGACUGGUCCCAGGUUAUUGAGGAUUAUCAGAGAUUACAUCCAGAGGUGACAGUUGUUGAUCCUCCUGAGGCCAUUCAGCAUUUACGCAACCGUCAAUCAAUGCUUGAGGUGGUUGCUGACCUGAAAUUGCCCGAAUCUUAUGGCAAGGUUUGCACUCCACGGCAGUUGGUGAUUUCAAAAAACCCUACUUCGGUACCAGAUGAAGUCGUUAAAGCAGGAUUAACAGUACCUCUAGUUGUUAAACCACUUGUAGUGGAUGGAAGUGUAAAGUCUCAUGCGCUUUUCCUUGCAUACGAUCAUAUUUCCCUAUCUGAACUGGAAGCUCCGAUGGUUUUGCAGGAAUUCAUUAAUCACAGUGGUGUCCUCUUUAAAGUUUUUAUUGUUGGUGAGUCUAUUAAAGUUGUCAGGCGUUUCUCUCUGCCUGAUUUAAGUGAAACGGACAUAUCAACAAAUUCUGGGGUGUUCGGCUUCCCAAGGGUUUCUGGUGCUGAUUCUUCUGCAGAUGAUGUUGAUCUGGAUCCUGCUGUUGCUGAGCUUCCUCCGCAGCCUAUGCUUGAGAUGCUUGCAAAAGAGCUCCACCAUCGACUGGGACUUCGGCUGUUCAAUUUGGAUAUCAUUCGCCAGAAAGGGACCAAAGAUCUGUAUUACAUCAUCGAUAUCAAUUACUUCCCUGGGUACGGAAAAAUGCCGGACUACGAACAAAUAUUCACAGAUUUUCUUGUUAGCCUUGUGCAAAGCUAGCUAGAGAGUAUACAUACACAUACAUGGUGCAUUGGCUAUUGGAAUGAGUAGAUAUUGUAAAUUGUGUAUCUGCUUGUAAAUGUGUUUCUGUUACUAGCAGAAUUGCUAGUUACCAAUAUAUUUUGCCAUCCCAUCCACAAUUGGGGUGCUCUUCUUUUCUUACACUUUUUUCACGAAUAUUUCUCCAUAGUGCUAAUUUUGAUAUCA